AGAGAAACGCGGUGCAGCUUCCGUGUUGACUGCGGCGGGAUGUGAGCAGGAGAAUGAAUCACUCUGAAUGUAAUCAUUUUCACAAACCUAAGCGAUCCGCACGGAUUAUAAAAUGCAUAUACAUAGUCGGGUUCAUGGACCUCUUUGGGGUCAGUAUGAUCAUCCCUCUACUGAGUCAUCACGUGAAGGCAUUAGGGGCAAGCCCGAUAGUCUCUGGAGUAGUGGGCUCCACUUAUGGGGUUUUACAGCUUUUCUCCAGCACUUUAGUAGGCAGCUGGAGUGAUGUAGUGGGGAGGCGCUUUUCUCUCCUGACCUGCCUUCUGCUCAGUGCGUUUGGAUACAGCCUUCUGGGGAUGUCCACUUCUAUUGCCCUGUUUGUGCUGGCCCGAAUACCAGUGGGGCUUUUUAAACACUCCUUGUCUAUAUGCCGAGCUCUUCUGUCAGAUGUGGUGUCGGAGACAGAGCGCCCUCUGGUGAUGGGUCACUUUAAUGCAGCUUCCAGUGUGGGAUUCAUCCUGGGCCCAGUGGUAGGAGGCUACCUCACUGAGCAUGAGGGAGGAUUUUAUAUGUCCUCCUUUGUCUGUGCAGCUAUCUUCCUCCUUAAUGCAGGUUUGGUCUGGAUGUUGCCCUGGAGUGAGAUUCUAAACCAACGUUUAGAUGCUAACAGGAACAGUAAAAGCAGACAGCCCUAUGACGGGCUGAGAAACUGCGAUGGGAACCAUGAUGGUAGUUGCUCUACCACUAAAACUCGUCAUUCUGCUGGAUCUCUGGGCAAAGACUGGGGUAAUAUGGCUCUACUCCAGCUGACCUCAGUAGGAGCACAAAUCCGCAUGGUGGCUUCUUCUGACAUGUGGGAUGUGUUUCUGGUUCGCCUACUAAUGGCGCUGGCAAUCAUGCUUUACCACAGUAACUUCUCUCUGGCCAUGGAGGAGCGCUUUGAUUUGAAACCCAAAGUGACAGGCUACAUGAUCAGCUACAGCAGCAUGCUGGGUGCACUGGCUGGGUGCCUGGUGGGACCUAUGACUCGUCUGUACAGAGGCAAUAUGUCUGCCCUGCUGCUGCACUCCACAGCGUUCACAUGCUCAUUGAUCUUCCUAUAUGCCGCAGCAGGCAGCGUCUGGCACGUGCUGCUCUCCUCCACAUUCUUUGCCAUCUCUACCAGCGUGGGACGUACCUGCAUUACAGACCUGGAGCUGCAGCGUGGAGGCAGUGCAAGGGCCAGUGGCACCCUGAUUGGGGCAGGCCAGUCAGUGACGGCAGUGGGGCGCAUACUGGCCCCUCUGCUUUCUGGCCUGACUCAGGAAAUCAGCCCAUGUGGGCCACCAAGCCUUGGGGUGCUGCUGGCUCUCACAGCUCUGGUGCUACUGCUUGUCAGGACUCCAAAGGGGGCUAAGAUGAAGGACAAGAAUGCCAAAGAGUGAUUGGAAACAGGUUCAAAGCCACACAGAUUUAAGAGAACAAGGGGCAUUGUGGUGGAUGUUGAAGUUGGCAGUUAUCUGAGUAUGAAGUGAAUAGGUUUUUGGAAAUGUAUGGUCUAGGUAGGAUUGGUUUGCUCUUGGAGCAAUUGCAGCAGAUGUGAUCACCACCAGACUAGCCACCUGUUCCUCUAUACACACACCAGGAGGACCUACCAAACCAAAGCAAGGCUCUGAGACAGAUCCAUAUCUGAUACGACUACUUACAGAAUUUCUUUCGAGUGUUUGUUUUUUGUGCUGGUCAUGUAAGUUUAGACAGUGUAGAAGUAGAAGAUGGAAAUUCUGUGCAUAAGGUCUGGUUCUAGUAGCUGCUCCUUUUUGUUACCACUUAGUUUAAAUUGAUCCUUUUUAUCAGUAGAAAAUUGAAGUGUUCAAAUAUUUAUUACCCAGAAAUAGUACGGUGGUGCAGCAGUUAGCAUUGCUGCCUCACAGCUCCAGGGUCCCUGGUUUGUUUCUUGUGCUCAGGUUACUGUCUCUGUGAAGUUUUUCAUGGUCUCCACAUGUCCAUGUUGAUUUCCUCUUGGUUUACUCCCACCUCCCAAAAAACAUGUUUGUGCAUGGUGCAGGGUACCAGGGAAUGGCCUGGCAUCCCAUCCAGGGUGUAUUUCUGCCUUUGCCCAGUGUUCCUGGGAUAGGCUCCGGAUCCACCAUGAAAGGUACUGAAAAUCAAUAAAUGAAAGAAUGCUGUCAGAGUAAAAUACAAAGUAUUAGGAUGGUUACUAUAGUAUCUGUAUGUAAAUUAAGCUGAAUAUUUUAGGAAUACACCCCUUUUUUUAAAUUAAUGUUUUGUUUUUGUAGUGUUUGCUAGAAUUCAGGUAUUAUAAACAAGGCUAAAGGAAAAGACACAUUAAUGAGCUAAAGAAAGAUGAUAAAUGAUAAUCAAUCUCUGAUGCAAUAGUUGGUGCACUGACUUGGUUUCAACCUUGGUUUCAUUUAUAUUAGGUUGUUCCACAACAUAUCAUACAGGAAAAUGUUAAUAAAAAACAUUCUUGUAUUAUAUUACACACAUAUUAAAAACACACUAAAUUAUCUGUUAACAUGGAAACAUCAAAUAAACUGUAGUUUACUGUUUUCUAGAUCGGUUUCAAAUAAUUAAAAUUCAGUAAUAUACACACUCAGUGGCAUUAUUCAUCAAAGUUGCACAUGGUCAAAUCUGAUCGUAAAACAAGCAUACACUAAAUUCACUCAUGGCGGUUUUUUCAUCAAUUUCGUCUUCUAUUUAUUUGUACAGUGAAACUCGUGUCUGGUUAAAGUACAUAUACAUUUGAGCGUAACAGCAACUUGAAAAAUGCAUGAUUUGCAGUUAAAUAAUCAAAAACAAAAUCGUCACUAUUUACAGCAAGUAGCCUGUAGUAAGUACAGUAGUAUUGGUAGUAACAAUAAAAAAUUAAUAAUGUUAAUAAUCACCAUGCAGGAACCUUGUACUUAAAUGUAGGUAAUUUAUGAAUGUGGAUCAGAAUGCACAGACAUGGAUCUUCAUCAGCUCAUUAUCCUUUUAACUGAGCAGUAGGUGCAUUUGUGCAAUAUGUGUGUUUUCAUGUUAUUACAUAAUUUUAUAACACUUUCACAUACACAUAUCACGUGUGUACAGAUAUCACAUUAAGUGAAAUGUUCUUUAUAUCUGACUUAUUUGAGUUCUAAAAUGAAUUUUAAAAAUAGCCAUAAAAAGAGUUCAAAUACCUACAGAGAAACGGUUCAGUUUCACUUCUACCAGAUUUUGACCUUAGGCAGAAAAGAAAGAAAAAGAAAAAAAACAGAGUACAUUUCCAUAACUUUCCACAAAAAGUAGAGAAAAAGUAAUUUUCCUACAACACAGUGGUUUCAAAACUGUCAGCAUCCUAACAAUUAUGAUGCCUGCUCUGGAGAGAAGAAUAACACUAAAUCGCUUCCUAUAAUGUCUAACAAGGCUGGAAUCACUUGUAAAGGGAUUUUGGUCCACUCCUUAAUGCAGUACUUUUUAACAUUUUAUUCUCUAGAGUUAGGUUUGUGCAUGUGUAGUUCCUUCUUCAAUUCAGACCUCAGGUUUUCAGUAGGGUUUAAAUUUGGGGACUGAGAUGGUCUUUGCAAACCACAGAUUUUUGUGCUUCAUUAACCAUUUCUGUGUUGGAAGUAUGUUUGGCUCAUCAUCCUGUUGAAAGCUCUAUUUAUGGCCAAGUCUCAGCCUCCUUGCAGUGGGUAAACUGUAGCAUUCCAUGUGCAUAUGACAUGCAAAUAAGGCAUUAGUGUGCAUGAACCUGUUUCCACACAGCUAACAUUCAUCAACUGUGCUUAGAUGACUGCUUGGUUUGAUGUUGUGCAACAUUUAACAGUUGUAUGAAAUAGUAAUUCCGUGCACUCAAAUCUGAGCUCAUUUCUACACAACUUUGAUGAAUAAGGGCCAGUUCUAAUGAUUUAAAAUGAGUAGCAGAAAGAGUACCAGCAUGAAUAAUGAAGCUUUCUAUACUUUCUUAUACUACAUUUCUACAUGCUGUAAAUUUUUAACAACUCAGUAAAACAUGAAGUUCUAUAUGA